AUGGACAGUGGUUCCGCAAUAUGGUGGGGGAAAGGGAAAUUGCGGGAAGAGGAGAAGGCAAAAAUGUUGGAAAAUUCUCAUGCCUGGAUGGGUGGUUCCAGCUCAUCAAUAGCAGGUUUGUAUGCCUAUUAAUCACAUCAAAAUUCUCCGUUCUCUUUAUUUGUUUUCUCCUUCUCGCUCUCACUCUCCCACCCACCAGCAGAUAGUUACCAAUAUCAACUGCAAUCCAUGUGGCAAAAAUGCUGGAGCACCAAUCAAAAUCUAAUGCAUCACUUGCGUUUCCGGGAGCGUGGCCCUCUCAAAUCAUGGCGUCCAGAGACAAUGGCCGAAGCCAUUUUCAGUGUCCUCAAAGAGGGCCUGUCCUUGUCACAGGCUGCCCGCAAAUAUGAUAUACCCUAUCCGACAUUUGUACUCUAUGCCAAUCGGGUGCACAAUAUGCUGGGACCUUCAAUAGACGGCGGUCCCGAUUUACGUCCCAAGGGUCGGGGACGGCCACAACGCAUCCUCUUAGGUAUAUGGCCGGAUGAACAUAUUAAGGGUGUCAUCAAAACGGUUGUCUUUCGUGAGGGUAAAGAUAUCAAGGACGAGGGUCUGGUACCUCAUCUACCCUAUGGACGACAUUCGCCUAUUUUUCCAUUUCAGCAGGAGCCAAGUGUCAGUUAUCCGGGUGUGAGUGCCCAGUGUCCGAAUGGCAUACCGACUCCCACACCGACCGGCGAUCAAAUGGCCCAGGAGGCUACAGCGGCUGCAGUGGCGGCAGUGGCCCACAAUUUACGCCAACAAAUGCAAAUGGCAGCUGCCCAGCAGCAGCAACAACAACAGCAGCAUCAGCAACAACAUGGUCCGGACCAUGGUCCAGCUGGUCAAGGUCUCUUCAAUCUCCCUCCCCAUUUAGCCGGCAGUGGAGCUCUGCCGGUACCCUCAGGUCCUGGUGGCAUGAUUUUACCCAAGACGAGUAUUUCACCGGCCCUCAGUUCGGCAUCAAGUUCAGGGGCAGUCGGCUCUAUGAUGGGUCCACGGCAUGCACCAUCACCUUGUGGUCCCGGAUUACCUGUCAUGACCCAAUUACCACCCAGUGUGGCAGCAGCUUUACACAUGGCAGGGUCACCGGCCUCGCGAUGUGAUCCCAACCCCCUUCUAAGUCAACAACAGCAACAUCAAUUGCAUCAACUACAUUUACAACAACAACAACAUGCAAUGCAUCAGCAGCAACAACAACAGCACAAACAUCAGCACUCACAUGCACACCCGCUCCACCAACAGCAGCAACAACAACAGCACCACCACCAGCAACAUCAUCAACACCAAUUGGGUGCCUAUGGUCAACACCAUCUGUCCCUCGGCCAUCCAUCCGCAUUGACGGGGAUGGGUGGUGGCACCUCCACCCACCCAUCGCACCACCCCCAGCCAGCAUCAUCAACGGCCACAACGACAGCUUCCUCUACGAAAUCAUCAUCGUCCACAGUGUCGCCACUGCGACGUACCAGCCCACCCAGUGUCUCACCACUGACCGAACUUGGUCUUGAAAUGGCCUUUAAACCGGCACGAGCUUUUUCACCAUCGCGAUUGUUUUCCGAUGACAUUGCAGAUAUUGUGGGGGCAGCAGCAGCGGCCGCCGCUGCCGCAGCUGCGUCGUCUUCAACGCCAUCAUCAUCGUCGGCCGGCACAUGUACAACAACGGCCACUGUAACAACGGCCACAAUAACGGCAUCCAGUUCGUAUGGUUUACCCGCCACCUCGACAUCUGCCAUGUCAAUGGAUGCGAGUGGGCAAAUGGGGGCAGCGCCUUCUUCUUCCGCGGGUCCAUCAUCCUCCUCGAUGACCACCACAUCGUCCUCGACAGUUGUAACUUCCGCCAGUAGCAGUAACAUAAGUUCCACGGGCAUUAAACUCGAACCCAUUACUACAAGUAGCGAAUAAGAAUAUAUUCAAUAU